UGUCUUCCCCUUCCAUUCUGGCUGUGAUCUGGAAAACAGACUCUCUUGGCCUCUCUGAGAAUUAGAGAUUUGGGAGCCAUGCAGAGAGGGAUGCACACAAGCCGCCUUUAGGAUUUGGAAAGAUUACAGGGACAAUGGAAACUCUUCUUCUGCAUUCCACUAGCAGAGCCUGACAAGCUCUCCAGACAUGUUUCAAUCUGCAGACAGAACAGCUCCCAGCAUGAAUAUCUCUUUUGACUCCCUGAUAAACUAAUGCAGCAAUGGCCAGCCUCCUGGUGUGAGCCAUGAACAUGACCCCAACUGUCCUAACAAGCUGGCUAUCCCUCCUGUAGCAGCUUGCCUCCCACCCCAAGGCUUCUGAAGCCCUGCUUCUGUCCUUGGCUGUGCAGAACCCGGACAGACCUGCUCUGGGCUUGGCCAUAUGCCCUUUCUGCUGGCCAAGUGCUCCCUGCAGCUAUCAAGCAUGCUACAGUCCUGCAACACCAGGGGCUUCUGAACUCUCCUAUUUGAGAUGAAAAUGGCCCAAACUAGCAGAUUCCAAUCAAAUGACAGAAAAAGUAGGCACCAAAGAGGGAGUAAAGUCUAGAAGCAUGGUGGAAAGGGACUGGCUGUCUGGAAGGAUUUUGUGAGCCCAAAGCCUAUUCUGAGUCAGCAGCAAAUUAACCUCAGCCCCCAGUACUCUCUGGAAACACUGGAAUGUUGAGGAGUGUUGUUUAACUGCCAUCAUGGCUGGCCUUGCUUACCUGUGUGGCCUGGGAUAAUCAAGCAGGAGGAGAGCAAGCCAGGGACUCUUCAGCCAUAUUUUAAGCUGCAGAAAGGAAAGAAAAUCCUUUCACUUCAAAAUGACAUCUGGAGAAGCGAAGACAAGCCUCAAGAAUGUCUACCCAUCUGCCAAGAAGCUGCCCCUGAAGGCGGAGGAAGAGAGGGAGACAGAGGACUACUGCACCCCUGGAGCCUUCGAGCUGGAGCGUCUCUUCUGGAAGGGCAGCCCCCAGUACACCCAUGUCAACGAGGUCUGGCCCAGGCUCUACAUUGGCGACGAGGCGACGGCGCUGGACCGCUACGGGCUGCAGAAGGCGGGCUUCACGCACGUGCUGAACGCGGCCCACGGCCGCUGGAACGUGGACACGGGGCCCGACUACUACCGCGACAUGCCCAUCGAGUACCACGGCGUCGAGGCCGACGACGUGCCCACCUUCGACCUCAGCGUCUUCUUCUACUCCGCGGCUGCCUUCGUGGACUCGGCUCUCCAAGACGAUCGCAAUAAGAUCCUGGUUCACUGUGCCAUGGGCCGGAGCAGAUCGGCGACCCUGGUCCUGGCCUACCUGAUGAUCCAUAGGAACAUGACUCUGGUGGAUGCCAUCCAACAAGUGGCCAAGAAUCGCUGCGUCCUACCCAACCGGGGCUUUCUGAAGCAACUUCGAGAACUGGACAAGCAGCUGGUUCAGCAGAGGCGACAGACCCAGCGUGGGGACUGCCAGGGGGAGCCAUAGGACCCUCUUCACCACCAAGCAUAGACUCUUGGGAUGGAGAAAGAAAAGCUGAAAUGGCGCUGCCCCAUGACAUUGGUCACAGAGAAGGGACAGCAAAACCAAAGCUUAACUUCUUCCUAAUAAUCUUAUUAAACUUCCCAGUGUGUGCUGGGAGCCGGGAGGCUUCAGAGCCGCCUCCAGGCGGAGUCCAGGCCUCAGCCCCGUUGGGGGGAGACUGGCGCCCGGCUCAAUUGGUUACAGAUGAGAGCACCGUUCUGCAGUCUCCUGUAAUUUUUUCUCCCUCUUCUUUUUUAAAAGAUGGAAACAGAAAAGGAUUUAAAAAUGUGUGGGAAUUGUGUUGUGAUUAAAUGUUUGGCUUUGUCUGAAAGUCACAUUAUUAUAAAAAAAUAAUUUAAAAAUAGAACUUGAUUUUCUAUAAACACAGAAAAUUCCUGUGCAGCUGUGUUACAGGAGAGCUUUCACAGGUAUCAGGGCCUCUGGGGGCCACCCCAAAUUCUUUCCCCAUGGAAUCCCCAGGUCACCAUUCACAGAUGCUGCUGGCCUGGCAGAGGUGGGGAGUAGGGUCCUGAGCCCCUUAGAAGCCCCUGCCCUUGGCUUCUUGCCUGCCUCAGGGAGCCAGGGCUCUUCUGAAUGGUGGCCAGAGCUGCCACUACUCAGACAAAUUCAAUAAAUUGUGGCAAAUUUGGACAA